AAAAACCUCCCCUCGUGAUGUUGUCGCGGCGCGAGCAUGUCUGGCUUGGUGCUUCUGCCCACUGAAGGCAGCGCCGAUCCCUCGGCCCGGGGUUGGCUGGGCGCCAGGGUCGGUGCCUGUGGACGGCUGCCGCCGUCCCAGGACGAGGACUUCCUGAUGAUCCCGCAGGCCUCGUGCAAGGGGCUGGUCGGCGUCGGGGGGGCGAACAUCGAGAAGAUCGAGGAGGAGUCCUGGGCCACCAUCGAGAUCGACAGGGCGUGGAGGGAUACCAGCAAGAAGAUGGUGAUGCGGAUCUCGGGGGGCCUCGAGGCAGUCGUCCAGGCCCGAGGGCUGGUCCAGGAGCUCCUGGCGAGGGUGCCGCAGGCGCCGCCGCCAGCGCCGCCGAAGCGCCAGCCCUGGAAGAGGCAGGAGAGCUGGGGCGAGGAGCCGGAGCGGGCCCCGAGCAGCCACAAGCGCAAGUGGACGCCGGGCGCCGACGCGCGAGAUGGCGGCGAGGCCGGCGGCGCCAGGCGCCGGGCGUCCCACACGCGCCUCCGUGGCGAGGUGCCGACAGGUGACCGGGCGGGGUGUGUGCGUGUUGCUGGCGGCGGGCGGCCCUCGCGCGGCGCCGCCGCCGCGCGCGUCGUGUGCAGGUGGCGGAGUGCGCGCGGCA